CAAUGGAAUCGAAGCCAUCUCCUCCCACCACGACCGCCGCUGCCCCCACGAGCUCGACGCCGACGGGCGACCUCAGUCCUCCCCGAGCCAGUCCGAGCUCCGCCGCGCCGAGAGCUACGCCGUCCCCUCUCAAUUCCCCACUCGUUUCCUUGCUGGUUGGCCCGGCCGUCGUGGUCCUCCGCUUGCCGCCGCUGAAGCUCGUCACGGUAGCUUCUCCGGUGAACAAAAAACGGCGGUGCUCGUGCUUCUGGAGCCGGUCGAGCUCGUGCUUCUGCUUCUCCCCUGCAGCCGGUGGAGUACGUGCCUUCGAGUUCUUCUCUAAAGAAGUUGCAGAUACCUGAGCAAGUGCUCCACCGCCGCAAUGAUGUUUGGGAUUGAUCUCAACAUGAGUCCUCAACAAGAUGAUGCCUCAGAACCUGCAGAUCAACAGGAAGAACACAACAGUCAACAACGAUACAACAAUGAAGAACCAGUCAAUAAUGAAGCAACAGGGGAAGAAGCAAGUGGUGUAGAGGAACCAAUUCAUGAAGAAGCAAGUGGUGUAGAGGAAACAAUUCAUGAGGAAGCAAGUGCUGUACAGAAACCAAUUCAUGGGGAAGGCAGAGAACUCACAAAUGAGGAGAGAUAUGGUAUUUAUUUUGGACUCACGGUGAUCAAGACCCAAAAUGGACAAGUUCUGAAAAAAUACAAGGAGGUCAUUGCUAGCCUACUCGAUACAACCGUAAGAACUGUUGAGAGAAUAUGGGAAAGAGCUCUUAAACGGAUUGAACAAGGGGAGAAAGUUGAUGUCUCAAAUCAAAAGCCAGGCAGAGUUGGCCGCAAGCGGAAAGAUUUGGAUCUGUCGAGGGUGGUGACAAUCCCAUUGAACAGAAGGAGAACAUUGCGAGGUCUGUUAAAGGCAUUGGGCGUAAGCUGCACAACCUUACACUCAAGGUUCGAGUGGGGUCAUUUGAGGCAUCACAGUAAUAAGGUGAGGCCCCACUUAAACAUAUCCAACAUUGUAAAGAGAUUGAAAUGGUGCUUGGCUAUGUGUGAAGAUUAUUGGUCUGCGACACGGGAAUUAGACAACAUAGCCUAUAUGGACGAAAAGUGGUUCAACAUGAUUGGGGAGGUGAACAACUACUAUUUGUUUCCCGAAGAACCCGACCCCUUACGCACCUUGCAUCAUAAGGAUAGCAUCGCCAAGGUUAUGUUUCUCGCUGCCGUGGCUAAACCAAGAUACGGCGAAGGUGGUAAGGUCACGUUUGAUGGAAAGCUCGGCAUUUGGGCUUUUGUCACAGAGUCUCCUGCUCAAAGAACAAGUGAAAAUAGAGAUAAAGGGACGCUCGAGCUCAAAUCAUUGAAAUUCACACCAGAUGUAAUGAGGUAUUACAUGUGUGAGAAACUUAUUCCUGCGAUCCAAGAGCGCUGGUUGGACGAAGAUGAAGGACGGACAAUUUAUAUCCAACAAGAUAAUGCCACACCAUAUAUUCUUCCCGAUGACCCGGUUUUCCGACAAGUCGUAGAACAGACUGAUUUGGAUAUUAAGUUGCUUCAACAGCCUCCAAACAGUCCUGACAUGAACAUUCUUGAUCAAUGCAUAUUUAGGUCUCUCCAGACCCACACCGAUAGCAGAGCACCUCAAAGCAUCAGGGAACUGAUAGAAGGUGUGGAGGAGGAAUAUCGAAAUUGCCUGGUUGAUAAGCUAGCUAGAAGCUUCGUGACGCUGCAGUCAUGCAUCCGAGAGGUAAUGAGAAACAAAGGAGCGAUAAACUACUCGAUCCCUCACAUGAGAAAGGAACGCCGUCAGGCAGAAGGAUGGCUUCCUAUAACUCUAUCUAUCGAUCGUGAGCUAGUUGAACAGACCAUAGCCUUUAUAGAAGAGGCAAAAGCAAUCUUAGCAGCAGAAAAAGAGCAGAAGCAGCAAGAAAAGAGCCGCAGCAGCCUCCAGGAAGCAGAAACACCCUUUGAAUACCAGCAGCCUCCAAGCAGCAGGAAAAAAGAAUCACGAGCCUUCAAGCAGCAGGAAAAGAGUACCAACAGUCUCCAAGAAGCAGGAAAGGAGCAGCAACAGCCUUCAAGCAACAGGAAAAGAGCACGAGCAGCCUCCGAGUAGCAGGAAAAGAGCAGCCACCUCCUUCAAGCGGCAAAAACACCCUUCGAGUACCAAUAGCCUCCAAGCAGCAGGAAAAGAGAACCAGGAGCCUUCAAGCAGCAAUAACAGAGCACUAGCAGCCUCCAAGCAGCAGAAAAAGAGCAGCUCUUCUUUACUCCAAGCAGGGGAGUACUUGGGAUCAGCUAGUACUCUGGGUGGUGCUAGGAAUGACCAGUGAGUUGUCAAGUUUGUGCAGUGAGUUGCAAGUGUCUCACUGAAUCAAGAUAUGGUGUCUCUGCAAGUGUGGUGAGUCUUGCCAGUGUCUCUCUGAAGCAAGAUAACAUUGUAUAAACCCUCUCCAAAAGAAAGAAGAUAACACCAUUGAAAGAGAAGAAAAACAAAAAUAAACAACAUGCAUGAGCUCCCUGACGAACAAUAGUUAAAGGGAUUGUUGACAUGCUUUGCUUGCACUGUACAAAACCAGGCCCUUCAGCGCCAGCUCUUGUUGAACCAGGAACUAGAGACUCUCAGGGUAUGCAGCA